GACCCUCCCUUUCUCUCUCUUCUCCAAUCCCUUUUCUCUCCCCUCCCUCCAUCCUCUUUGUCAGAGCUGUGCACUCCAGCACACAGACAACUUCCCACCAAGAGCAGACCGUAUCAGAUUGCCUCUAAUGCACUGAAAUUCUCCCACUCCUCCCUCUGAAGAGCUCCGGAUCAGGUGAACAUAAGUACAACUUUGCUGUUCGGCUAAGGAAGUGGCCAUGCCUUAAUGACUUGUACCCAGUAACCAGGUGCAUUCAGGCAGUGCUCGCACCAUGAGUUAAUCACUCUGAAACUGUGACUUCUUCCGAUUAACAUUUUCAAUCUGGUUUAACCUGUGAAAAUGCACCUAUGUGAGAAUAUGUGGAGAUGGCCAUACAGCGGGGCAGUAGGAACGAUGCUGCUGCUGCUGCUGGGGAGCAGCUCGGCCCAGGACGUUUCUGCACAGCUUAGCUGUCCAGCGGUCGAAGUCGCUCAGAACAUCACCCAACCUCAAUACAACUGCGUAUUAAACAAGAACACCGAUGUGAGGACUUUGGUGUCGUUUGUCCACUCCUUUCUUUACACCGUCCAGCCUCAUCCUUUUCCUGAACGCUUAUUUCUGGAAAUAAUCAAAGAUCCUCAGCAGUUGCAGUCAAACAAAGAGCUGAUGACGGAAAUCCUCACGUAUGAAGUGGGUUUCCUAGUGUGUAUCGCCAUUGGCAUCUUGUACAUCGUCCUGAUGCCCAUAAUUGGUUUCUUCGUGGCUUUCUGUCGCUACUGUGGCAAAUGUGGGGGGAAUAUGUACCAGAAGCAGACAUCCUCCACCAACUCACUCAGAAGAACUCUCUACUUCAGCCUAUUUGCAAUUACAAUCAUUAUCCUUGCUGGUAACAUUUGCAUGUUCAGAAGCAACGAAGAUCUUAAAAAUAGUGUGAACCAGAGUCCGUUGCAGCUCAACAAUGCAUUACGUGACAUGCACACCUUCCUGGUGUCUGUGCCACAACAAGUGGAUAAUGUGGUGAAUGAGAGCUCCAGAACUGUGGAGAAGAUUACCAGGAACUUAGACGACAUUGGACACCAGUUGGGGGAGAAAAUCCAGCAGCGCUUUAGAGGAACUCUUGACCCAGCUCUGGAGUCGGUCAAACUUCUACACAAUGAAAGUUUGACCACCCGUGACCAACUUGACCAGUUGAACUCGUCACUAGCCCAACUGCAGUCCAGCAUAGACCGUACUCAGGCCAACAUCAGCGUUGUCAGAGAUCGGCUUACUCAGAUGCUGUCCAUACCAGAAUGCAAAGGAUGUCAGAACCUAACAGCAGACAUGAAGAAACUAACGCUAAACAUCACCAUUUCUACUGCCAGCCUGCAUAACUUUAAGUCUGCAGUGAAUGAAGUCAUUAAAGCUGAUCUUCUGUCUGAAAUAAGUGAGGCGGAGAAGUUUUUCAACACCAUUCCUGAGAAGGUGACCAAUGAAACUGAGAGUUUAGUGAACAGCAGCAAAGACCAGCUGAGCAGCAUACAAAAACAUCUUCUGCCGAUUACCCGCGAUCUCCCCCUUUCAGCUUUGGAUGAUGCGUCAAAGACUAUAAUCCAGCUCCAGAGUAACAUUACCACGUACUUCCCUGAAGCGGAAAAAUUAGAGAACAUUAGAUGGAGUGUGGGUCUGGCCCUGUGCUUUGUGAUCCUCCUGGUGGUGGUCUGCAACAUCCUGGGUCUGAUUGUAGGCCUUCUGGGUCUCUCUCCCAAGGUGGACCCCACCAACCGCUCCAUGACCUCAAACUGUGGAGGCAUCUUUCUCAUGAUGAGCGCAGGGUUCAGCUUCUUGUUUUCCUGGCUGUUCAUGAUAUUGGUGCUGGUGCUCUUCCCACUGGGUGGAAACAUGCACACGCUGAUUUGUCGACCAUGGAACAAUGGCCAGCUGCUGCAGUUCAUUGAUACUCCAGGUUUAUUCCCGAACUUCGAAUUAGGCUCGACUUUUGGACUGAAGAGGAAACUCAACCUCUCCCAUGUCUACAGAGAAUGUAAGAAAAACCAACCUUUGUGGACGACGUUUUACUUGUAUGAACUUAUAGAUCUUGAAAGCGCACUCAAUGUGUCUAAAUACACAGCCCAGAUCGACAAGGAGUUUGAGAAAACAAGUAUCACUUUGUUUUCAGUCAAUAUCCUGAGUCCUGACAUGAUAAAGAAACUUGUAAACACCUCUUCCAAAGCUACUGACUUCAACACUACGGCUGUCACACAGCAGAUGGAUGACAUUUUAAGAAUCAAUUUGAAUACAACAGCAGAAAAGGUUUAUAACUUGAGUCUUCAACAACCGAACGACAUCAAAUAUGGACUUCAAAAUGAAUCUCUGAAACUGAGGCGAAUUCAAACCGACAUAGAGAUGACCAUCUUUCCUCAAGUGAUAAACCUGAAAUCUUCCAUCAGGAACCUUCAGUCCUCUUCAGAAAAAAUCAACAGAACAGUGGGGGAGGUGCUGAGGAGAGCUCAAGUAGCACAAGACUUUCUCAACACAAAUACGACACAGAUUGUAAAGACCGAAAGUAGAAGGUUUCUAAAUUGCCAGCUGGAUUACGUCAAUGCGUAUACUAAGUGGGCCAAGACAAUGUUCACCCAGCAUGUCGGCCUCUGCGUGCCUGUUGCCAGGGUCGUAGACUCCGUUGACACUGUCGUUUGUGUUAACACAGUGGAGUCUUUGAAUGCGUUCUGGUUCAGUCUGGGCUGGUGCCUGAUGUUCUUAAUUCCCAGCAUUAUAUUUUCCAUGAAGCUGGCAAAGUACUACAGGAGGAUGAGCUACUCUGAUGUUUUUGAAAAUCACAUCGUUAUGAACCACAUCCCUCGGGCUCAGAUGAAAAUCCCCUUAGGAUGUGGGUAAACGCACGUGCGUGAGGCAGAUUUAAAGGUCUGCAGGCACGAGUGUUGUGUUUGAGAAAAUCGAAGCACAUGGGACACCACAGCACAGAUGUGGCACAUUGUCACUUGGGUAAAACAACUGAAAAAAAAAAA